AUGGCUCGCCGAGUGCCCCAGCUGCUGACCUUCGGCCUCUUAGCGGCGCUCUUCGUGUGGAACACGGCAUUCCUCCAGGUCGAGGCACCGACCCCCAAGCAGACGGUCCCGGUCGCUGCAGCAGCAGCGUUGUCAGCAGCUCCCUUGCCAGCUCUCGCGGGCGAGCCUCCAAGCGUGGGCAUUCACUGGUACUGGGACCUGGGCAUCGGCACGAUCCACGGCGAGACCGCCAGCAUUAUCAUCUGGGUGUUCCUGGUUUGCACCAUCUUUGCUUUGGCCGGAGCAGGCGGCAGCAGCCGCAAGAGUGCAGCGUAG